UGCAUAUUAGGCACUAGAAAGACACAAGAUCUCUCUCUCUCUUCCUACCCAAGUGCUUAUAGCCUUAUAGGAUAAACCCUGAGCGUAUUUGUUGCAGAGAUUAAUCAUGGCUUCUCCCGGAAAUGUCCCUGCUAGGUGGAUUCCGAUAAGUGCAAGCCCAUCAAGAAAACCACAUGAAGAACCCGCGAAGAGGGUGAAAGAUGAUGGGUUGGAGACAGAGAGCACUGCUUCCGAAGAAGAUAACACUACUAGUUGUCAUGGCGUUGGCGUAGGGAGAUCCUUCCCGUUCAGCACUUGCUCUUCCCCUCCACCUCCUUCUCUUUCCAACCCCAUCUUCAGCCUCCCUCAUACCGCCCCAUCCGACGAGUCGGAGGUAAAGAUGGUUCAAAUGUCCCAACAGCUGGCGGGAGAAACGGGUUAUGUUAGGCGCGAACCAGUUCGAUUGGACUUCCAAGGGGAAGGGGAUGGUGUCUACUUGACAUGGAAGGAUCUGUGUGUGACAGUUUCGAAUGCAAAAACGGGAACCCGAGCAAUCCUUCAGGAUCUCACCGGCUAUGCCCAGCCUGGCGAGGUCUUAGCCAUCAUGGGUCCCUCUGGUUGCGGCAAGUCUACUCUACUGGAUGCUUUGGCAGGACGACUGGGUUCAAACACAAGGCAGUCUGGAGACAUUCUUGUCAACGGUCGCAGAGAGGCACUAGCGUUUGGGACGUCGGCUUAUGUGACCCAAGAUGAUACUCUAAUGAUGACGCUAACGGUUAAAGAAGUCGUCUACUACUCCGCACAGCUCCAACUGCCGGACUCCAUGCCUUUAUCUGAGAAGAAGGAGAGGACAGAGAUGACUCUCAGAGAGAUGGGUUUACAGGAUGCAAUGAACACUAGAAUUGGAGGGUGGGGUCACAAGGGGAUUAGUGGCGGCCAGAAGAGGAGGGUGAGCAUUUGUAUUGAGAUCUUGACCCGCCCGAAGCUCCUCUUUCUAGACGAGCCCACCAGUGGUCUCGACAGUGCGGCAUCCUACCAUGUCAUGAACCGAAUCGUGGGCCUAGCUCGACAUCACGGAAGGACUGUCAUCGCAUCCAUCCAUCAGCCUAGCAGUGAAGUCUUUGAACUCUUCCAUAAUCUUUGUCUUCUUUCCUCUGGUAAAACCGUCUACUUUGGUCCGGCUUCAGAAGCAACUGAGUUCUUUGCUGUGAAUGGUUUUCCGUGCCCAAGUCUGAGGAACCCAUCAGAUCACUACCUUAGAACCAUCAACAAAGACUUCGAUACAGAUAUAGAACAAGGCCUGGAUGGCCAGAAAAUAGCUACCGAAGCUGUGAUUAACAUUCUUGUACAAGCAUACAAGUCAUCUCACACUAGCCAACAAGUAAAUACAAGGGUAGCUGAGUUAUCUAAAAGGGAAGGAGAAAUUUUGGAGAAGGGAAGCCAAGCUAGCUUCCUUACGCAGUCCCUCGUUCUUACGAAACGGUCCUUUGUGAACAUGUAUCGUGAUCUAGGCUACUAUUGGUUACGAUUGGCAAUCUACAUCGCACUGUGCUUAUGUGUGGGCACCAUCUUUCACGAUAUAGGUUCUAGCUUUGGCUCGAUUCAGGCUAGAGGCUCGAUGCUCAUGUUCGUGGCUGCUUUCUUGACGUUUAUGGCCAUCGGUGGAUUUCCAUCUUUUGUUGAGGAUAUGAAGAUCUUUCAGCGAGAAAGACUGAAUGGGCAUUAUGGAGUGGGUGCAUUUGUUGUUGGAAAUUCGUUUUCGUCCAUUCCCUACCUGCUUCUCAUAUCUCUGGCUCCAGGAGCAAUUGCUUAUUACCUUGUUGGUCUUCAAAAAGGAGCUGGACAUUUUGUAUACUUCGCUUUAGUGCUUUUCGUGUGCAUGUUAUUGGUUGAGAGCCUAAUGAUGAUCGUUGCAAGUGUUGUUCCAGAUUUCCUCAUGGGUAUUAUCACAGGGGCUGGAAUCCAGGGGGUGAUGAUGUUGAACGGUGGGUUUUUCCGAUUGCCCGACGAUCUUCCCAAGCCUGUGUGGAAAUACCCCAUGUAUUAUAUUGCAUUCCACAAGUAUGCUAACCAAGGAUUCUAUAAGAACGAAUUUGAAGGUUUAACCUUCCCCAACAAUCUAGCUGGAGGCCCAGCCACCAUCAGUGGAGAAGAAAUUUUGAGGAACACAUGGCAAGUGGAGAUGGGUUACUCUAAGUGGGUGGACCUUGCAAUCUUGUUUGGGAUGGUGAUUUUAUAUCGACUCAUGUUCUGGGCUAUUAUCAAGACGGUAGAAAAGCUUAAGCCCAUUAUCAGAGCUUUCUUGGCUGCCCCUCCCAACCAAAUGGCACAGAUCAUGGAGAAUCCUUCUUCAGCAUAAAUAUGAUACACACCACACCUGUAAUGCAUAGUUUGUAGUUUGUGCGUGGUUAAUUUUCAGUCUGAGUCUCUUACGAGUUUCAAUGUUGUAUUGUUCAACAGUCGUUGACGUACCGCGCGUGCACUUGUAUUCGUGCUUAGGCCCUACUCUUUAAUUUUAGCGUAAUUUCAACAUUGUAAAAGUUGAAAUAUGUAUAAUAAGCAAACGAUAAAUGGGGGGUUUUAUACUAAGAAUGCAGUUGCAGUUUACUUAAA